CAGGGCGAGGAGUUCAUGCGCGCCAUGCAAAAGGAGUCGGUGCGCAGUCUGUGGGGGAGUGGAUACCAAAGCUGUUUUGCCCGCGCAUCAACUUCGUCCACGCGACUUAAGCACGUAAAUAUUUGCCGGCACGCUGCAUAUUCGAAUUGUAAUCCGUAUUUAUUGAUAACUUUUUGUGUUAAACGCCGUGCGGUGGUGUGGGUCAAUUUUGUGUUGUUAAGACAACAGGAAAAUACCAAUAACAAAAACAGCAGCAACGAACAGCAACAACAGCCAAUAUCCCGCUGCUCUACUGACCCAGUGCCAACUAACGUUACGUUACGCUUUUGGCCCGCCUUCCGGUGUCCAUCGGUCCGUCCGGCCGGCCUCCGUUCUGGCCAUUUGAGCAGCGACGACGACAACGCCACGCCACGCCACACGGGAAAUGCGCCGUAGCAAAUAAUUACGCUUCAAUUGCUGCUCGACCCUCAAGGAUUUCGGUUUGAUUGCUCCUUGAGCUCCAUAAAAAAAAAACAAAUAUAAAUAGCAAAAAA